GGGGCUAGCUGGCGCUGGGCCUCCCCGGGCGCGGGCGAGUUGGUAAACAGAUCCGGAGCGCGUGUUGGUCGCCAGCACUACGGCCAGCGCGCGGAGGCCGCGCGAAGGUGACCGCAGAUCCCAGCUUCCUGCAGCCGGGUGCUGGCUCUGGCAUUGGCUUGGGGGACGCAUCAGAGGGAGCUCAGCCUGGGCAGAACGACGGUAAGGGGCUGUUGCAUCUCCCAGGUGGACUAAGCCCUGGAGCAUGGCUGCCAUGUUGGGAGAUGCCAUCAUGCUGGCCAAAGGCCUCAUCAAGCUGACCCGGGUGGCCCUGGAGACCCACCUGCAGCACUUGGGCCUUGGUGGGGAGCUCAUCCUGGCAGCCAGGGCCCUACAGUCCACGGCUGUGGAGCAGAUUGGCAUGGUCUUUGGGACAGAACAGGGCCAGACUGCACAUGACGAAUCUUCCACCAGUGCCGAGAGCUUCGAUGACCUGGAAGCAGAGCUGCACUUCUCAGGGGCACAGGCAGCAGGGGCCUCCGGGAACUUCUCCGAAGCCUCCACCCUCGACCCGCUAGCUCCGUCCCUGAAUCCUGCCCACAGUGAGGGCCCGGCUCCUGCUUACGUUGGCAGUGGACCCUUCAAGGAUGCUGGGCUCCCGGGCCAGGGCAGGGUCAACGGGAGGCUCUUCACAGACCCUAGAGACUCCUUCUCUGCCACGGGCAUUCAUCGAAGGUUCUUCCACCAGGACCAGUCCCCUGUGGGGGGCCUCACAGCUGAGGACAUUGAGAAGGCCCGGCAGGCCAAGGCUCGCCCCGAGAACAAGCCACACAAGCAGAUGCUCAGUGAGCGGGCUCGGGAGCGGAAGGUGCCGGUUACACGACUCGGGCGGCUGGCCAACUUUGGAGGUCUGGCUGUGGGGCUGGGCUUUGGGGCCCUGGCCGAAGUCGCCAAGAAGAGCCUGCGUCCUGAGGACCCCACAGGAAAGAAGGCUGUGCUGGACUCGAGCCCUUUCCUGUCGGAGGCGAAUGCAGAGCGCAUCGUGAGCACGCUGUGCAAGGUGCGCGGAGCGGCGCUCAAGCUGGGCCAGAUGCUGAGCAUCCAGGAUGACGCCUUCAUCAAUCCCCACCUGGCCAAGAUCUUUGAGCGUGUGCGGCAGAGUGCCGACUUCAUGCCGCUGAAACAGAUGACGAAAACUCUGAACAAUGACCUGGGCCCCAACUGGCGGGACAAGCUGGAGUACUUUGAGGAGCGGCCCUUUGCAGCAGCCUCCAUCGGGCAGGUGCACCUGGCCCGCAUGAAGGGUGGCCGAGAGGUGGCCAUGAAGAUCCAAUACCCUGGCGUGGCCCAGAGCAUCAACAGCGAUGUCAACAACCUCAUGACUGUGCUAAACAUGAGCAACAUGCUUCCGGAAGGCCUGUUCCCUGAGCACCUGAUAGAUGUGCUGCGCCGGGAGCUGGCCCUGGAGUGUGACUACGAGCGGGAGGCGGCCUGCGCCAGGAAGUUCAGGGAGCUGCUGAAGGACCACCCUUUCUUCUACGUGCCUGAGAUCGUGGACGAGCUCUGCAGCCCCCACGUGCUGACCACAGAGCUGGUGUCCGGCUUCCCCCUGGACCAGGCUGAAGGACUGAGUCAGGAGAUUCGGAACGAGAUCUGCUACAACAUCCUGGUUCUGUGCCUGAGGGAGCUGUUUGAGUUCCACUUCAUGCAGACAGACCCCAACUGGUCCAACUUCUUCUAUGACCCUCAGCAGCACAAGGUGGCUCUUCUGGACUUUGGGGCGACCAGAGAAUACGACAGGUCCUUCACUGACAUCUACAUUCAGAUCAUCAGGGCUGCUGCGGACAGGGACAGAGAGGCUGUGCUCAGGAAAUCCAUCGAGAUGAAGUUCCUCACUGGCUACGAGGUCAAGGCCAUGGAAGAUGCCCACUUGGAUGCCAUUCUCAUCCUGGGGGAGGCCUUUGCCUCGGAUGAGCCCUUUGAUUUUGGCACCCAGAGCACCACCGAGAAGAUUCACAACCUGAUUCCUGUUAUGCUGAAGCACCGUCUCAUCCCACCCCCAGAGGAGACCUACUCCCUGCACAGGAAGAUGGGCGGCUCCUUCCUCAUCUGCUCCAAGCUGAAGGCCCGCUUCCCCUGCAAAGCCAUGUUUGAGGAGGCCUAUGGCAACUACUGCAGGAGGAAGGCUGAGCAGCAGUAGCAUCUGGCGGUGGGGCUUUCCUGCGCGAAGCUUAACACUAGCAGCAGGUGGCGCAGAUGCUCCCUUCAGACCCCUCUGCCCAGCGAGAAAGGGAGGCUUCCUGAAGCCCCCAGUGCCAGCGAUGUACACGGUUUUCACUGCUAAAUGUGUGUAGGGUAAGAAGUACAAAGAAGUACAAGAAUGAUAAUGAAUUCCCACUAUGUCAAAACCUGCGUGUUUUUUUUUUUUUUUUUUUUGUCCUCUGAACUCUAGGUAAGAAGGCAAUUUUAUUUUCUUCUUUUUCCUAAAGUGAAUGUUAACCAGGAGUCAGAGUACUGCCUCCCCCCACAUCCCUGCCACCAAAACCACACACCAAAAAAGAAAACCCCAAGAAGCCUUUUUGGAUUUUAUCGACCUUGCAGUCUGAGGUCUGUGUGUGUGUGUUUUCAGAAUGGAUUUGUUUUCUGCCCUUUUCCUCUCCAGCCUGUGUGGUCUGGAACUGGCAGAGGAGCUAAUCUGAUUAGUGCCAGCAGUACUACUGCUUGACCACAGAAAAGCCAGGCCUGCUGGGAGUUAACCCUGGAAAACUGAAGCCGUCCAGGACACCUGCCACAUCGUGAGAGGAAGGCAAGGGGCGGUGAGACACAGCUCUGACCUGCUGCUGGGAGGUGAUGUGGUGAGGAGAUCCCUCCCUGCCUGGCCUCCCCUCCAGGGUCUCUGGGAGGAGAUGCACAGGAGGGUCAGCACAGGCUCUGGGUUUUUGUAUAAGUCUUGUAAUUCCCUAAUUUACAUGUUUCUGUUCAAUAAAAAAAAGUGCCUCUGAGAA